AUGCUCCGCCACAUUGUCUACGUCCCGGAUCCGCGGGUCUCGUUCGUUAUGAUAUUCUCUGAGACGGAUUUCCAGCUGUGGAAGUCGACGGCUGAGUUUCCCGUACUCCAUCCGUAUCAAUCAUCUGCGAAUAAAAUUAUUAGAGAGCAGAAGGAUACGAAGAAACCGCCGAGCGGAGAGGAGAAGCAAGAUGUUGCGAAAGCUACCAAUGGAGAGAACCCGCCUGCAAACCUUGCUGGGCCUGGCAAGCUGGCGAACAAGCCUCUUCAAACUACGACUACCCGCGUCCAUAAGAUUUCUCGACGGAUUGCUUUUGAGCAAGGUUUGUGGCAUAUGGAACUCGAGGAUGGAAAUGGAAACGGAAAUGGAAACGAACCUGGGCAAUCUCGUCCGGGUGACAAGAUCAAUGAUGCUCGCGGCGACAAGAACGCUACGGAGCGCGAUACAAACACAAACAAGCCUGUCAUUGAUGGGAUUCGAAGUCCUGCUGGCUCUCAUCGUGCAUCGAGUCUGGAUCCAAUUCCUGAGGAGAAUUCUGUGUUCAAGCCAUCUAAUUACCCGCAGAGAAAGGUUGUGCGACGAUUCAUUAUCAAGCGGUUUAUCAAUGAGAAUCGUCGGACCCCAAUUCACCGAGAAAGAGGAAUGCAUUCGGUGCAAUAA